AUGGCGGAAUCGACGGAACAGCGCGAGCUCGACCUCGUCGACAAGGUCGACUUCCGCAUCCUCGAGGUCGCCAACAACGAGGAGAAGCUGGAGCAGCUGCUGUCGCGGUAUCUUGCGCCGUUGAUGCUCAAGGCGGGGAGUCCGCAUGCGAGUGUGAGGGCGAAGGUGAUUGCGGUUUUAAAGAGGGUGAUGACUUUUGUGCAGCCUCCGGGGAUUGUUUUGCCGGUUGCCGCAUUGGUAGACCAGUUCAAGGCGAACUCUUCGCCCGUGGUGAAACAGUUUGAUCUCGUCUUCAUACAGCACGGUCUUCCUCGGAUGGAUGUCGUUGAUAGGAGAGAUCUGUUCCCUAAGGUUACUAAGGAGAUAUCGCAUGGGGAUGCUGAUGCUGCUGGCUCGAGCGACGCAGGGCUCUUCGAUGUGUUUUUGAGAUUACUCACCGAUGUUAGGCUGCCUGGGAGGGGUACAAAGGAUGAUCUAGCUUUGCGAGAGACGCUCGGACUAACCGACAGUGACGCCCGAUACCUCUCCAGGUGGCUAGGCAAGGUAAUCCUCUUAAAGUCUGCGGGUUCUGGGGCGACGGCGGAGGCUCUACGGGCUGCGAAUCCUCCUCCUACGUUCACGGCAUCGGAGCUUGACUUCCUCGUUCCUACCCACCGACCUGUUUCGGCUGCCUUUACGGCCUUAGCAGACUUGAAGCUGAAGGUGAUUACUUUCCUCGCCAGCGGUGCAUUCAAGGAUAGCGAGAGGUUUAUUCCAGCGCUCUAUGCUGCAUCGGCCGCUGACUCAAGAGUCGCAUCCGUCGGCGAUGAGCUCCUCAAGAAGAGUUCUGUGGAUCUAGAGGAUGUCACGCUUACAAAGUCACUAUUCGACUCCCAUUCAAGACUGGGCCCAGCCUACCGGACGAGGAUCUUGGGCAUCCUGAGCAAAUCCACCGUCUCUACGACCAUGACGGCGGAAAUCCUCGAGGCGGCGAAACUGGACAUUACACCUGCGGAGGCGGGUAAUUCAGAGCAAGGAAAAAGACAAGGGACACUGGAGAGGACAAAGCUUCAUCGCGCAUUGUUUCAAUACCUCCGUUGGGCUGCGACCGUUGGCCCCUCCAAGGGAGACUUUGACAUCGGUUUCAAGUUGCUGGAGAAGAUGCAGGAAUACAUCCAGGGGCAGGGCUGGCCCGUGGCGGAAAAGACGUCCGCGGAUGAUGUUGCGCUCCGGUCGCUUGCCUACGAAAGCAUAGGGAUACUGGGAAAGGCGGCUAAGAUGACGGGACAGCAACGGUUUUGUCUCGCUGGAUGGAUGUUUCGCGCUCUAGCCGAAGACCCCAAUCCGGAGGUGGUUGUCAACAUCGACGGCGCGCUGUCUAUGCUGACGGCUUUGUAUCCCCCUUCUCAGGAGGAAUCGAAUUCGAAGAGGUUUGGGGUUCGAACAAUGCUCUUGCGUUAUAUGACGGUCAAAGUCGAGCCGCCCGUUGUUCGGAGCACGCGCCAUGCAGCCGUGAAGUGGGCGAAUAAAUGUUUGCCGUUUGACUCGGCGCAGGCUCGUUGGAUAGAUAUUCUCGCCGUCGGAGCUCGUCCAGACGAGAGGAGUGAUGUCAUCGAGGAGGGACACAAGGGUCUUGAUCCGUGGGCGCAAUACGCGCACUCCUCUAAUGACGACGUCAAACUCCCGGAUUGGAAGGAGAUGCUUGUCAUGUACUUUGCCGAUAAUAAGCCAUCGCCAUCGCCGCCACGGAAUGACAGUGACGAGAUGGACGUCGACACAGAUCCUAUCCCCCGGUUCCACUUCUCGGACGAUACAAUGCUCGCCUAUCCUGUAGCCCUCAAUUACUGCAAGCAGAUGAUGUUCCUCGCCGCUCUAAAGGACUUCAAGAUGGAUCCCGACUGGGCUCGGAAUCUGCAGAAUCUAGUCAAGACGAAUCUGAAGACGAGAAACGAGAUCCGAGAGUACCUUCGUGGGCUUCCCGAUGAUGGCCACAACAUGUAUUUCCUGAAGAGAUGUCUUGACGGUUUGCAUCUGAAUCACGAGGCAACGGUAGAAGAAUCUGCUCGCUCCUUCGUGGACGUGGCUUCUCUAAGCCCCCGAAAUUCCGUUGCGUACCUCGCUCACCUCGCGCCGCAGCUGGUCCCCUUCAUCAAAUCGAAUAAAAAGGAGCUGCGCGUCCUCGCGGCCGAGGCGUUCGGAAUUCUCGCGGCUCAUCCUGCGAACAGCGACGCGAAGCUUUCCGACCUCGUGGCGCCUAUAUUGGAACUUACCAAGGGCAGCGAGAAUAAAUUUGGCUCCGAGUUGAAUGCUGCCGAAGGCGCGAUUCUCGCACUUGCGCACUUUUGCUCGAGGCUCGUCUUUUAUGGUCGUGAGGUGCCGGCGGGGAUCACCUACCCGCUCGACCUGCUUGUGAAGGAGCGCAUCCCACAUUCUCUCAAGGAGACUCUUUUGGAGGCGUUCCCUCAGCUCUGGUCGGCUGGAUUGGCUACGCCUAGCCCGGACACCAUUCCAGCAAAGGAGGUCAUCGAGUUCCUGCUAGGCCUGGCGAAGAAGAGUAACGAGCGGGCCAUUUCUGCGCUUGGGAAGCUGGCUAUUGCCCUGGAUGAAGAGGAAGGCAAAGAGUGGAACGAUGGAUUGAUCGGCUCUAUCCUCAAGGGGCUCUUUGAACUCUACGAAAUUAAACAAGCCGAAGUCCAUUUCGCCGUUGGCGAAGCCAUUGCGGCGGUAGUUGGCCGCUGGGAAGCCAGCUGCGUGCAGCUCGGCCUCAACGUCGAUAGCGACCCCAGUGGUAGCUUUCAGAAACCCCACCGCCCUGCACACUUAACCGGUGUGCUAAACAAGCUCAUUCAAGAUUGCAAGGGCACGAAGCCAUCCCUCCUCAAGGCUUCGGGGAUCUGGCUGUUCUGCAUCGUGCAGUAUUGCCCGCACUUGGAGGAGGUGAAAUCGAGACUACGAGAAAUCCAGGCGUCGUUCAUGAGGCUCUUGCAUACUAGGGAUGAGCUGACGCAGGAGACCGCGUCCAGGGGGCUCUCGUUGGUUUACGAGAAGGGUGACGAGUCGAUUAGGGGACAGCUUACGAAGGAUCUGGUCUCUGCGUUUACCGGCAACGGCAAGACUCUCAAGGUGGACGAGGAUACGGAACUCUUUGAUGCCGGGGCACUUCCCACAGGCGACGGCAAGUCUAUCACGUCCUACAAGGAUAUCGUCAACCUCGCAUCGGAGGUUGGAGACCAGACACUAGUCUACAAAUUUAUGUCGCUCGCUGCCAACGCGGCCAUGUGGACGACCCGAUCCGCCUUUGGACGGUUCGGCCUCAGCAAUAUCCUCUCCGAGUCGGAGGUUGACCCGAAACUGUACCCUAAGCUAUACAGGUAUCGAUUCGAUCCGAAUCCCAACGUGCAGCGAUCGAUGGAUGAUAUCUGGAAGUCCAUUGUCAAGGAUUCCAACGCCGUUCUCGAGAAGCACUUUGACGCCAUCAUGGAGGACCUACUCAAGAGUGCUCUGGGUCGAGAGUGGCGUAUGAGAGAGGCGAGCUGCGGCGCUAUCGCUGAUCUUGUUCAGGGAAGGCCUUUCCCCAAGUACGAGAAAUAUUAUACGGAGAUAUGGGAGGUGGCGUUGAAGCUGAUGGAUGAUGUCAAGGGUAGCGUGAGAGCCGCGGCGCUCAAGCUCUGUAUUGGGUUGUCGAACGGUCUUCUCCGACUCCUGGAGGAGUCGACGGGAGGUAGUUCUGUGCAGGCCAUGCUGAAGGAGGUGAUUCCGUUCCUCCUGUCGGGUCAGGGAGUGGACAAUUCCGUCGAGGACGUCAAGCUCUUUUCCACUCUGACCCUCAUCAACAUUGCAAAGAAGGGCGGCAGGAAUCUCCGGCCGUUCAUGUCGGAGAUGAUUCCGCAGCUACUCGGUCUCCUAAGCACCAUCGAACCCGCACAAAUCGGGUUCUACUACCAGCGCGUCGGCGAAGGCGGGCGUGAACUCAUCGACAAGCGCCGCGCGGCCAUGGUCAGCCAGUCGCCCAUAUCCGAGGCCAUCGAGAACUGCCUCCGCUUCGUCGACGAGGAGACCCUAGUUGAGCUGGCACCGACGCUUGAGGCGACGAUCAAGUCCGCCUUAGGCAUGCCAACUAAGAUUGGCUGCAGCCGCAUGCUCAUCACGCUCUUCUCCACGCACGCGAAUUCCAUGCGUCCGCUGGCGGCCCGCUUCCUCCAGCUCAUGGAGAAACAGACCCUCGACGCCAACGAUGAGGUGAGCAAGGCGUAUGCGCGCGCAGCGGCGUACAUCAUCCGGUCGGCCCCCAGCGCGGCCAAGGAGAAGUUUUGUGAAAAGUUUAUCGAUCUGUACUUUAACGCCGAGGACGAGCGGCGGCGGCAAAAGGUGGCGGAUGUGGUCGUCGCGCUGUCCAAGACUUCACCGGAUCAGUUCACAUCCCUCGCGAGUCUUCUACUCCCUUUUGCGUACUUUGCCUCGAACGACGUCGACGAGUAUACGCGGACGGCGUUCGGCGUGGCGUGGGAUCAGCACGCGGGAGGGAGCAGGACCGUCGCGUGGCACCUGAAAGAGAUAAUUGCGCUCGUGACUCGCGGGCUGGAUGCACCUAGAUGGAGCCUCCAGCAUACGGCGUGUUUUACGAUUUCUUCGGCCGUCGAGGCGCUAGCGGGGUCUACGGAGGCGACGGGCCAGAUUAGCGAGGCGAAUCUUGAGGUUGUCUGGCCCGUGUUUGAUCGUGCGCUGGCACUCAAGACGUUUGAUGGGAAACAGAGGCUGCUUAAGGCGUUUCCCCCCUUUGUCGAAAAGGGAGAGGCGCUGUGGAAGGAUGGCUCGUCCGCCAUCGCGCAGAAACAGCGCAAGAUCGCGAUAAGGGAAGCUAAGAGGAACAAUGCGGGCUACAAAGUCCACGCGUACGAGUGUCUCUGGAAAUUCGCCAAGGCGAGGAAGGACCUCGAUCUCCUCGAGGAUAUCAUUGACGUCGUGCAGCCGGCGCUCGACGAGUUCGAGGAUGAGGCGAGCGCCGACAAGAUGGACGUGGAUCGUUCCAAAGACGACGGGGAUGACGACCACGCUGCGGAGUUGGCGGAGAAGGCGGUCGAGGCUAUUGCGAGGGGGUAUAAUCGGCCGGCGAUGGCGGAGGAUGCGAUCCCUGCUUUGUCUAUGAUACUGAAGACGUUGAAGCCGUACCUCGCGGAGCACAGGUUUUCGCUCAUUAGGCGGAAGGUGUGGUUUACGGCCCUCGUGGACGUCAUGAACGACGCUAAGAAAGGUAAAGAUGGGAAGGAUCAGAGCGCGCUUGCGAAAGGAUAUCUGGAUACGUUGAGUCUUGAUGUUGUGGAGAUUGGGACGGAAGCGCAGAGGAUUGAGAGGGCGAAGGCCGUUGGGGCUAUCACGAGGGCUUGGAAGAGGGGUGUGUUUGGUGGGGAGGGGGUAGGGAGUAUCGGGGGUGUUGUGAAGGGGGCGGUUGAGAGGAUUAUGGGGGAGGAGAGGAGUCUUUCGGUCAAGGAGGCGUUGAAGAAGGUUUUGGAGGAAUUGAAGUAG